AUGACGACUUCACCGAACCCAUUCUGGAACGACAAGAUGAAACAUUUAUUUUAUCUUUAUGAUGUGGACGGUGAUGGAUCGAUAACACCGAAAGAUUUCGAAAUUCUCGCGAACAAACUCUCGUCUCUUGUCGGACAGGAAGAUGAACAACGACGAGAAGACUAUGCUAAUGCACGAAAGACUCUCUGUCAAGAAAUCAUGAGAGCAGAUGCGAAUCAGGAUGGCAAAGUAACCUUAGAAGAAUGGCUCGAUUUCCAUAAACAUCUCGCCGAUGAACUGCAUAAACCUGAUACUAAUCCGGAAAUCUUAGAACAAUUAUCACAACGUAUUAAUACAACAUUUAAUAUGCUCGAUUUGAAUCAUGAUGGUUAUAUCGCACGGGACGAAUGGGUAAAAACAUGUCAAUUCUUUGGCGUUGAUCAAACAACAGCCGAGAAAUCCUUUCAGCAAUUAAGUAAAGAAGACAAAUUGGAAGAAGAUCGAGCAAAACACCUCUUUUUCGAAUAUCUUAAGUCGGAUGAUCCUAAUCAUAUAUCUAAUUGUUGUCUAUGUUUUCUUUAA